AUGCAAGUGGCACGGUCACGAUUAGAUGUCAGAGAAAAGAAGAAAACGGAACAAGUAGCGAAAGAACGUGCUGGUGUUGCUGAAUUUGUUCGAAUAAAUAAAAUUCCCCGUGCUCGUAUUGGCAAGUUUUUAAUUCUAAUCGUACUUGAGCUUGUAAUUGUGAACAUUGUUCGUCUUUUAGCUACUGAACACAUUGUACGAGAAGAUUACAAAAUUGAAGCAAUGGAAAAAGUUGAUGCUUACAUUGAUAUUUUACUUAUGAGAAUUAGUUUAAUCAAAGAUCGACCAAAAAAUGGUCAAAUUGAUCCUGCUGUUGAAAAACCAUUAGCCAAUAUAUUAUGGGCGUCACCAUUUUUACAACAAGAUAUACCAGAAUUAGGACAAAUAACGGCAAUAUUUAAACGACAUUUUACUCCGGAAUACGUGUCAAUGUGUGAAAUGAAUAAAAUUGAAUUAGUUGACGUUGAUCUGGUACGAUGUUUAAGUUGUGAUUUAAUACCAAAAUUAUUAAUUGAAAAAUAUUUAAUUGAAAUAACACGUAGUAACAAUGUUGCAUUUGAACCUGAUCCAGCGGUCAUGGCGCAAGAUGAAUUUUGGGCUAUUGGUCAACGUUAUGUUCAACAUCCACCACCACCACCAGAAGAAAGAAAACAACCACCACCAUCAAGCGGUGGAUCAUCCAACAGCGGUGGUUCAGGAGGAGGAAAUGGCAUCACUGGUGGUCUCGCUUUUCCUGAUAUUCCACAAUCGACACCCAGUGCACCACAGGCUCAUACGACUACUGCUCUUAACAAUAAUUUGAAUGAAGAUAAACCAAAUUAUUUUUUGGAAAAGAAUAAUCCUAAUUCUAAAUACACUAAUGAUGAGUCUUUAGUCGAAGAUAAUUUAACAAUAUAUCUUGAAGAUAAACGCGUUCAUCACCCUCAACCACCUCCUCCAUCAGCACAAUAUCCAAAUAUUAAUUUUGCUCAACCACCACCAUCAACGAAUCCCAGCCCAGCUUAUCCACCUUCGAAUAUGAUGCCAAGAAUUGGUUUUAAUCUUAAUGAUCAAAAACACAAUGAUGUACCAGGUGUUAAUGACUUUCCUCAAGUGCCUUCAAACGAUCAAUCAAAUACGGCUGCUAGUGGACAAUCCGAUGAUACUGGUUUCGAUGAUUUAGCAAGAAGAUUUGAAGAAUUGAAGAAAAGAAAAUAA